AUGGAAGGAAAAUUUUUCACCACAAGAGGUCCUUGUGGAAGACGUGAUUCAAUCGAAGGUGAUGGGCCGGAUGGUGAGCUCUGCAGAGGACAUCCAACAUGCGGCGUAGGAACGUUCUCCCGGGGCGGCACACAGUGGUAAAUAAAGUUAAGCUUGCCAACAAGGGAAACUGUAGUUGGCGUUUAGUACAAUGUUGUUUAGUGGACCAGGCGUCAAGGAAAUCGAUGAUUUCGGCGAGACGAGUAGGAUCAAUGCAAAGUUCCUGGGAGACAGUGUCGAGUUCGAUGCCAAGAAGCACAAGGUUCGUUGUAGGAGAAACUGUUUAAAGGGCAUUGGUAGCAAAUCCAAGGUCAGCACAGGUUAUGAAGCAUAACAUUAAGACUCGAAGAGCAAGAGGCCCUUAGGGCGGAAGGGCCACAUGCCCGAAACAUGGCGGGUAGUUCCAAAGGGGUUCCAUGGAGCGCCAUCGUGUAUCGCGAACCGUUAACAAAUUUAAGAAAUAGCGCCGGCGAACUCCAGAGACCAAACGGAAGUAACAUGUCAAAGAAAUAACCAGUACGCGUAGAACCGUCAGACAAAACGAGGGGCCAAAUGCACUCCAAAAUCUUCCAGUCACCAGGGUCUGCAAGUACAAGGUGGAGGGAGUGAUCGAGUUUGCUUAUUAGAGCAUUGGGACCGAACGAUUUAAGGUAAGAAAUAGGCUGGUCGAUUGAGUCGUAGGAGCAAGUAUAUAAUUCCUUGGAGAAUGCGUCAUUAACAGACUGGCUAGCGGGCCACGAAAGAUCCUUUAUGAUACGCCAUUUGGGAGGCUGCGAGUGCUUUUUCGGAAUAGCACCCAUCGGAGACCAAACAGAAUUCGAAAACGUAGGUGGAAGGAAAGGCCCGGCCUUUCUGUUCAGGGACAGGUCGCGUUCCAGUUCCUGUGCGACGGGCGCACGGUUAGCGGUUUCGGAACGGUGAUUUGAGGAAAUCAAGGGGCACGAUCAUGAUUAAAACCAAUACGAACGCCAAAAUUAAUGUCUUGUUAUAAUUCGUUUACAAAAUCACGGUCCGGGUAGGUACGUAAAGGGUCACGCCAAACGUCAAUUGGAAACAGAGAGCGAACUUCCGGUAGAUAGACAAUAGGCCGCGGAGUGGUCCCCCUGACAAGACUUGCAAACAUGGGCGCAUUUGCGUUUCUCUGAAAGAGGUUGCAUUCUUCUUACUCUGAAGUGGAAGGAUCUGGUGAUGAUGAGCCAGAGCUUUCAGUUGUUUCCUGAACAUCUUAGUCGUCGUGAUCGGCGAAUUUUUUGGCUUGCCCCUAGCAAGGCUUACUAGACGAUAAUGAAAAGCUUACGAAACGCUAACAAAUACAACGCUAAACGGCGAGAUAACAAAAAAAACGUGUGUUCAUAAUCCGAGACAUAAUCUUAUAUGGUGAAUGACUCGGUAUUAUUAUCACUAUUUAACUAUAGUUAAAUAUUACUAAAUGUACAGGGUGCAAGAAUGUCACGAUACAAUGAGUUGGUUGGUUUAUCCUUUUAUUUAUGCCUUAAGCAGAUCUUUACGUGCCGUUGAUCAGAUGAACAUACCCAAUCCUAGGUCCGUAGUCCGAUAUAAACUAUUUUUUACGGAACCUCUUAAAUUUCGUACAUUGCCGAAAGAGGAACAAGUUGAAAUUAGUGAAAAGGUCGCUGUAAAAAGAUUUGGAAACGAGCGCAAAUGAGUGCCAGCCUUUCGUAAGAGCACAGUCACACUGUUUCAUCCCUUUGCUUAAGGGCUAGCACUUGAGACUUUAUCUUUCGUAUAUUUUCAUUUCGUGGUGACCAAUUCACCUUUAAAUCAUUUAUUGUUUCGUCCUGGGCCGGGUUGUUCGAAGUUGGGUUAAGAUAACCCCGGGGUUAGUGCAAAAUUUGAACUCAGCCAUGAGACCUUAAAAAGCAAAUUCAGUUCCAUUCUCUUUGCCUACAAUUUGAUGACUGGAUAAUCUAAAGAGAAUAGAGAAAAUUAUCGCAAGAGAGUACUUUUGAUGAAAAGAAGAAGAAACCCAGGUUAAAAUAAAUUUAACCCCGGGUUAGCGCUAACCAGCGUUCGAUUCACUGGGCCCUGUUUGUUUGUUGUUUGUUUUUUGCCCUUCCAACUAAGGUGUAGAUCCCCGGCUUAUCUGUUUUGCACAACAGGUCCACCAACAGUACCUAAAUUAAGUGCCUUUCGUCUUGAUACGGGACCAAACGGCAGUGCAAAUUUCAGUUGCAAGGCAAACCAGCUUAACUUUCAACAAAUGGCUUCUUACAAGUGGAAAUGGAUGUUCAUAAACGAAACAGAAGUAAUGGAUGUAUAUGGGAAGUAUAAAAUACUUAGCACGUUCUCAAGUCCCAAUUCUUGUCAGCAAACGAUGGGUGCGGUUUAUCUUCGCGUUGAAAAUUUAACCACGGAAGAUCAUGGAACAUACAAGUGUGUGCUCUUUGAGAAUGAAGUGGAAAUUGCUGCAGAGGACGUCCCAUUCUAUGAAUAUGGUAUGUUGCGUGUUCUAAACUGUACUUACCUUGUAAGCUUUGAUGAGAAGUAUAAUACCUUGAUAAUUAGAGCUACAUAUUCACUAACCUUAAUUUAUCCGAGGCUGCAGGGAGCUCCAAUAAAUACGGUCACACCAUGAGGCACAAGUACUACUACCACCACCACCAAGCCAUGUAGCUUGUUCACUGUCCCCUAUUUUUCCCUAAGACCGUCGAGAUCGAAAACUUUGAGUUACAGGCGGCCAUCUCUUAAAUGAGUGUCAAAUCUACUUAGGGGUCAGGGAACGACUUGAGAGGAAGCGAGAAAAAUAGCGCUCCCCUCCCACUCGAGCUUUAAUCCCCGACGCCUGCCCCCUCAAUACAUUUGGAAAUCAAGAUGACCGCCAUUAACGGUAAGACGCGCUAUAUCUGGACGAUCUCACGGAGAAAUGGGGGACUGUGAACAGUCUACAAGCCAUGCUACUAAAAUUGCCGCAGAGACCUGAAGAGACCUUAGUACGUUACUUACUAAAAUCAAUGAGGAGUGACAAAAAUGGUGAUGUCAACAAUCACAUAUGCAUUGCUGAACAUCACUCACAGAUGAAACAUAGAAUCGGCUGGGAUUCUGCGAUAUGUAUGACGUAUUCUACAGACUUCUAAUAUAUUAGCCAGGGCUAAAAGCGAAGCCUCCUUUUGUAUACUCAAUCAAAUUUGAACUAGCAAGCUCUAAACUAUUUUUUAAAAAAAUUCAAAUCCCUACUGAACUUUAGGAGCCUUCGGUAUCACUUUACCUUUCGUGGAAGGGGUUAAAUGAUUAAUUAAAAUAACCCCCAAACACACCUGGAAAGAAAAAAAAAAUACUCCCAGCAUGCUGAAAGGUGCAUAUUUACAGCAAGAAAAAAAAAAACAACAAACAAACACACACACACUAAGCAUCACAGCAAUCACAGUAGUACAAUCCGUUGAGUCGAGAUGUUCUAUAUAACGAACAAAUUUCCCCAGUCUCUUGGCACGUCGUUUAAUCGAGGUUCCACUGUACUACGUGCCAUACGGACUGUGCGAUAAUACUUUAUUCAUAGCCUUGCCCCUAGAACGUCCACCAGCACGCCCCGUACGAAGCUGAUGGAGUCCUGUUAAACACGAAUUCUAAGAUAUUUUUUCAGGAAAAUGGCUGGUGUUUAAACUCUAAAAAACCCAACUUAAACGCAUUUCAGCGCAUUUAAAGAACAGAUGCCCAACUAAGCCGAUACGGUAUGAACUCGUCUGCGAAUUGUGAACAUGUGUUUUGUUACCUCGAUUUUUGCUGAUAUCUUAAGGCUAAUGUUCGCUUGGAAUAAUCGCUUCCAUUUUCUCUUGAAAUACAUCGCAAAAAGCACUUAUAGAGUUCUAACAUGGCCGCUAAAAACACAGACCGAUAGAAAUUCUCCUUUCUAGGCUUAACUACAGAAUAUCCUGCCACUUUAAAGCAACCCCUAAAUAUAGGUGGAUACGAGGAUAUGCAGAUACUCUGCCACCACGUAUCUGCGUAUCCACUUAGAAAAAAUCCUUUAGAUAAUAGUUACUGCGUACCCGCUAUCCACCUCGUCAUACACUUAAAACAGCUUAUAAAGAACACAGUAUGUCUAUUUGACGUUCUUAAAGCCACUGAAGUUAAAAAAAAAAAGCGUAUAAAAGGGAUAACCGCGUAUCCACGUAUUUAUCUCUUUCAGGGAUACAGCUUCCAAGGGGCAGGGUAUUCUGCAAUUACUCGUAAUGACCAAAGAAACUCAAUUCAAAUUCAAAGUGGCUAGACAGACUGCAAAUUAUAGUAGUUGCUAAAAAAAAAUAUCUACGUGUCCAACUGUUCAUCAGUAGGAUGCCUAAUAUGUGUGCAAUUCCACAAUUGGUUUCGGCUCCAUUAAAUACCAUACAAAUUGCAGAACAUUUUAGGAGGAGCCACCCACCGUAUGAGCACAGUCGCGGACAACACAUAUAAGUGGGGAAAAUAACGCAAAGCAAAGCUAAGACGUUAUUAAACGAACUAAAAGUACACGCAACUGAAAUAAAUAAAUCAUGCACGCGCCCAAAAUUGAAUUGCGCGCGCACAUACCAAUAUACAACUGAAACAAAAAUCCAAGUAAUAAAUAAGCAAUGUAAAGAUACGAUGGUGCAAUUUAAGCCUGGAUUACUGAUCUCAUCUCCCGCAGGGCUGCACCAUACUUCUCGACGAUAAGACCAUGGCGAUUGACGAAUUUAUUAAAUGAGUUCUAAAGUCGAUUGGUUUCAAAGCCUUGUUGUCUGAGACGUAAUGAAAGCCCGCGAAUUCUAUUUAUGAAGUCAACUUUGGACGUGCAAAUUCUAGCAUAUCUCACCAGUUGAGAUAUGUAAACACCGUAAGCUGGAUUGGCGGGAAUGUUGCUGUCCAUAUGAGGAAAGUUGACAAUCCGUAAUGCAAAGUUAUCUCUCUUAUCGUAGAUGCUGAUACGGAAAGGUGUGGUUACGUUGCCAGUCUUGAUAUUUGUGUCGAGAUAACACACUUCAGUAAAUUAUGUGGAUGUGUCCGUGAGUUCCAAUUCCGACCGGUAAAUCGGGCUGAUGCAAUUUCCAAAGUUCACAUUGUUGAUACUGAAUAAGUCGUCGAUAUAUCGAAAGGUGUUGCUGAACUGGAUGGCUUUUGUAAUGUCUUGUUUCAUUGUUUUGACCAUAAAAUCGUACUCAAAGCUAUGAAGGAAGAGAUCAGCCAACAAAUGUGCACUGUUGGUGCCCAUGGGUAUACCAAUAACCCGCCGGAAAACCGAGCUUCUAAAACGAACGUAGAUGUUAUCGAUAAGAAAGUCAAUGGCGAGACCAAGCUCUCGACAUACACCUUGUGGGGUGACCAUAUGAGAGAUUAAAUGGACAGGCGGGUUACCCCAACUAAGCGCGUUACCUCACCUACCUGGAGUCCCUCACCUCCAUGUAAACAGGCCCUAAAUUGACGUGGAUAACAGAGAAAGAGGUAGAGCGAGAGAUAAAAAAAAAAACUACAAAGGAGACUAAUUAUGUUGGAAUAAAAGAAUGAAAAUUUUAUAACGGCGGUGAGAAAAUGAGAAAUGCUACCGGCCACCAAGGUGCAAAUCAGCAGCAUUGAAAAAAGGUGAGCAGAAAACGCAUAUAACAUUUCCUCUAUAAAACGUGUAACAAUGAGGUUUCUGGAAGUUUCACAUUCUAGUCGUGCAAAACAACGGGAAAGAAAUAUACAAAAAAAAAAAGUUUGCUGCACGUUCAAAGUUGUUUUUUUGCUAAUCAGACAUACUGAUUUUUUUGGCCCUGUUCGUUGUCGUCGCCGCCUAGCAUUACACGAUUUUAUAUUUUGUUUGAGUAAAAUAUAAAUUUACGAGAGCUUCGCUUUUAGCCCUAGCUAAAUCUACGUACGAAACUCGUCUCUUUUUUUCUUUGUUUUUUUUGUAUCUCGCUCUUACCCUUUCUCUGUUAACCAUGUCUCAGUGUAAUAACAUUAACAUUAAGAUUUAGUCAAAUAAAAAGAUAGACACGGCUUUGCCGUUGUCUUUUCUUUCUGGGUGGCCAUGCCAUUUACCGCCAAAAUGCCGCGGGUACUGUAAAUGCGAAUUUCACCCCGGCUUACUUCAAGGGGUGGUCGUACGUACGUACGAACGAUUUUGUUCAGAACCAACAUUUCUUGGAUACAUAGAUAACCAAAUUUUCUUACCCAUGGUGCUCCGCUAUUAAUGACGACGUUAUAAUCUUAACUUGCGGCAUUAUAACAUACUUAAUUGUUUACAUUUAUGAAUUCGGAAUACUGCGAAAAUCUGAUGGCUGCACACAGGGCUAACUGGAGGCUUUUCAAACGGUUGAAAAGAUUUUUGCUCCAUUUUGAUGUGGUGAUUUACAUCUGUAUGGAAAAAAACACAGCUUUAGAUAACUGGAAAUAGUUGGAAGAGCGUUAUUAUUUAAACGUGUGAAAAGGUGCCCAUUCUCACCCCUUAAAACGCACAAAUGCAAUUAACAGAGCUCCAGCACAGGGCUUCCAACAAUGGCUUCGCCAGAUUCGGAAGGAAGGGCACGUCACACUGUUACAAAUACAGGUAUUUUAGAAGGAUUUCCACUGACAGCCUCGCUUUCGUGUAGGCCAUUUUAGGGCCUGCGCAGUAUUGUUGUCAAGUGGUGAAUUUGGAUUGGCUCCAUUUCCAAAAUAAAGUUUCAUGCUUUUAUCAUAAAAGUGAACAAUUUGCACUAUUUUUGGUCGCAAACACCUGGACUAAUUUGGUACAGCGGAAAGCCCGGCUUGGGUUCAAUCUUGAUAAAUGCUACAAGUGUAGCUGCUGUUUUAGAACUGAUCUAAAAGGAAAAGCCACAUUUGGUAAACUACACAGGUGAGAGUUUAUUGAAUUCACUCCGGGUAGGACAGAGAUGUAAAAGGCCUGUUGCAAAACACAGUGCAAAACCACAGCUACCCCGCUAAAAAAACCACCUUUUUCCCUUCUCUUCAAUUUCCAACGCAUUCCACCCAGACUCAUCUGAUCCUUUCUCCUUACGACCCUAGUGAGGAUUGCUCUCAAUGCGGUCGUUUCAGUAAAACUGCUUGAAGUCACUUUAGCAGAUAUUGAGCUCCUUUAAAAUGGUUUACUUUCAGUAAGCUCCAACGUUCCACCACGUCCCGAAAUUGUAAAAAAUGAGACCUUUGCCUGCGGCCGUAAGAUAGAAGUGGAGUGGAAACCGAUAGAAGGAAGUGGAGUAACUGGAUAUGAACUCAUUAUAUCAUCACUAAAGGAUGGAUCCGACGAAAAAAAGUUUAACCUGUCAAGCAAAGAUCAUUCAAAGAAGCUUGAUGUCCAAAGUAGCAAUCUUUACGAAAUACAAAUCAGAGCGAAAAACUCGUUGGGCCAUAGUUUUUGGACAAAACGUCAACUGGAAACGAAAGCAGGUACUAAUUAAAUUGUAAGAAAAAAUUCAUAUGUUAUCUUAUUAUGUGGCUUUCUUAGUCGCAGUUUAUCAUACUUAUCGAGUUUGUUUUGCCACAAUAACAGCAUAAUUACACAAGUUCGCA